CAACGCCUCGACCAAUGGGCGUGCUUCUAGAGGUUCCACCGACUGCGGUUCCUUAGCAACGCAGUAAAAAAAAAAAAAGAACUGCGCUGACGUCCAUUCUGUUCGGGAGUAUUAUGGUCUGUCGGGAAUUCAGAGUGGCUGGGACUGGAGAGACAGAUCUGUGCUCUGCUAGCUGUUAGCGUCCAGCAGGCUAACUGUCGGUAGUCAACAUGGAGCUGUCUGCUGUCGGGGAGAGAGUGUUCGCUGCUGAGUCCAUCAUCAAGAGGAGGAUCAGGAAGGGUCGGAUUGAAUACCUGGUCAAAUGGAAGGGCUGGUCUCCAAAAUACAGCACCUGGGAACCGGAGGAGAACAUCCUGGACUCCCGCCUGUUCGUCGCGUUUGAGCAGAGGGAGCGUGAACGGGAGCUGUACGGGCCCAAAAAGAGAGGACCCAAACCCAAAACCUUUCUGCUCAAGGCUCAGGCUAAAGUUAAAGCCAAGUCCUAUGAGUUCAGGGCUGAUGCGGUCCGAGGGAUGCACAUCACCUACCCGAGCCCAGAGCCGGUGGUCACCCCCAGGGCCAGAGAAGGCCUGAGAGCCGUCGUUCCCACCAUCUUCCCACCCAGCACAGUCAACCGUGGAGAAAGCGUACGCGUCCGACCGCCACAACUGAGCCCCCGUGAGUACCAGCAGCCUUCCCUUCAGCAAGCCGGUCCAGACGGACUCAUCCACGUACCCAAAAAAAGAGGGCCGAAGCCUAAGCCCCGCUUCAAGGACGGCAGCUGCAUCCCUGCGGCCUUUGAAGCCCACAAGAGGAGAACGGAGGAGCAGGUGAGCCACAGCCCUCACAAACUGGCCAAGCUCCAGGGAGGUGAAGAGAUGAGGCUGAUCAAAGUGGCCCACAGACAUCCAGAGAUCCACGGUCACAAACAACACCACCAUCACCACCACCACCACCAUCACCACCAAGCACACAACCGGGGAAUCUCCAGCGGAAGCUCCUACAAGCAGCUCUACUCCGACCGCAGCCUGCAUCCACACAGAACAGACAUGGACACACACAGGACUAAGGACAGCUCCACCUACCUGGCGCCUGUACACUUCAAGCACCAGUCCAAAAUGAGCCAGAGCCCGGGUCGCCCCGCCGAGCUUCCACAGAUGGAGAAGCCUUACUUCUUGGACAGGCCGUCCCCGACCAGGCUCGACAUCGACUUGGAUGAAGUGACGUGGAGGCCCUCCGUCGGCAACGUGGAGAAGGUCUUGGUGACGGACGUGACCACCAACUUCCUGACUGUCACCAUCAAGGAGAGCAGCACUUCUAAAGGCUUCUUCAAGGACAAAAGAUGAUCACUGAUCUCUUCACGCCACACUUUGUUGUCUCUGACCUACAUCAGAAUCCUUCUGAAGCUUAGUGUGAUUAUGAAGCAAAGCAGUUUUUGUAUGUAAUGUAUAAAAGCAAAUUACAUCAUGUGCAUAUGUGUAUAUAUAUUAUAAAGUUGGACACAAUCUGUUUAAUGUAUUGACCAAAUCAAAUGAAGUCCAUUUCACACCUUGCAUCGGUUAACAUGAGUACAUGUUUCCUUUGCAGCAGCUGGCUACUUUCUGUACAGAGCUUGUGAAUUUUACUAUUUUGCAAUUGUAACUAACUAGAAUGUAUAUUUUUCACUCUCCUAUCUUCCAGCCUGAGCUCAUUUGUGAGAAGCGAGGCUUAGAUAUUAAAUUCAGUCUGUGGAUUGAAUAGUUCUCUCUAAUUUGAACCGAUUAGACUGAAAACACCCUGUUCGAUUCAACAGGGUUGAUAUUUAAAAAUGUACUCAAGCACUUUGAAUUCAAAAGUAUUAUGAGAUAAUUCGUUUGUGUUGUAUUCAAAGACCGACUCCGCCUCUGAGUUUGUAACGUCUCUAACAUUUCUAAUUGUAAGAUAAAUUAAUAAAUUGAACACGGACACGCUACAAGCUUUCCCGACGUGUCUAUAACUACUUUUUUCCAUUAACAUGGUAUAUUUUACAUUUUCAUAGAAAACGUUCAUAAAACUUUAAUGUAAGAAGAUCAAUUGGUGUCAAUUUGCUUUUUAGACGCUUUCCAAUAAAUGCUUUGAAUUUUCUCA